CUUUGUUAGUCCAUACUUCCCACAUAGCUCUAUUAUUAAGAUCUCUGAUCUCAAAUCUUCUCUCUAUCGCAGUAAUGGCUUCUUCUUCUUCUUCUUCUUCUUCUUCUUCUUCUUUAUCUCUUUCAUUUACUUCAUCUUCUUUGUCACCAACCUGGGAACACGAUGUCUUUCCGAGCUUCCACGGGGAAGAUGUACGAAAAUCCUUUCUCAGCCACGUUCUCAAGGAAUUUAAAAAGAAAGCAAUCAAAUUUUUUCUUGAUAACGAGAUGAAGAGAGGCGAGUUCAUUGGUCCUGUACUCAAACAGGCGAUCAGAGGAUCUAAGAUUGCUGUUGUCUUGCUCUCCAAGAAUUAUGCUUCUUCGUUGUGGUGUCUUGACGAAUUGGUGGAGAUCAUGAAGUACAAAAAAGAGUUGGGUCAAACGGUGGUGAUUACCAUUUUCUAUGAAGUAGAUCCAACUGAUGUAAAGAAGCAGAAGGGAGACUUUGGGAAGGUCUUCAAAAAAACUUGUAAAGGCAAAGGCAAGGAGAAGGUUCAGACAUGGAGGAAAGCUUUGGAGGAUGUGGCCACAAUCGCAGGUUACCAUUCAAGAAACUGGGAUGAUGAAGCAACCAUGAUUGAAGACAUCGCCGCUUAUAUUUCGAACAAGCUUAAUCACUUGACACCAUCACGUGAUUUUGACCGUUUAAUUGGGAUGGAAGCUCAUAUGAGAAGGAUGCAUCAGUUUCUACGCCCUGAUUUGGAUGAAGUGAGGAUGAUUGGUAUUUGGGGUCCGCCCGGGAUUGGGAAGACCACCAUCGCCAGGUUUCUGUUUAACCAACUCUCCGGGAGUUUCCAAAAUAGCGCAUUCAUCGUGAAUAUCAGAGUAAACUAUCCAAGACCUUGUCUUGAUGAGUACAAUGCAAAAUUGAAACUACAAGGAGAAAUGUUGUCUCAGAUGAUAGACCAGAAAGAUAUCGUGAUUUCUCAUUUAGGAGUUUGGUCCUAGAAGUCGGAUUAUCAUCACAACAGAAGAUACAAGACUUUUGAAGGCACACGGGAUCGAGCAUAUAUACAAGGUGAAUUUUCCGUCAAAUGAUGAGGCUCUUCAAAUGUUCUGCAUGUAUGCUUUUUAAAAAAAGACCCCUGAAGAUGGUUUCAAUGAACUUGCUCGUGAAAUUACAUA